UACUGCCUGUGCGGGCAGAUGGUGCUGGUGCUGGACUGUCAACUGGAGAAGCUGCCCAUGAGGCCCAGAGACAGAGCUCGAGUGAUAGACGCAGCCAAACAUGCCCAUAAAUUCUGUAACACAGAGGAAGAGGAAAAUGUUUAUCUCAGACGACCAGAAGGUAUUGAGCGGCAGUACAGGAAGAAGUGUGGAAAGUGUGGACUGCUGCUCUUUUACCAGCACCAGCAGAAGAACGCCCCAGUUACUUUCAUCGUUGAUGGAGCCGUUGUCAAGUUUGGCCAGGGCUUUGGGAAAACAAACAUAUAUACUCAGAAACAGGAGCCUCCCAAAAAGGUGAUGAUGACGAAACGGACCAAAGACAUGGGCAAGUUCAGUUCAGUCACAGUUUCCACCAUUGAUGAAGAAGAGGAGGAGAUUGAGGCGAGAGAAAUUGCAGACUCGUACGCACAGAAUGCUAAAGUGAUUGAGAAGCAGCUGGAGCGGAAAGGCAUGAGCAAGAGGAGGCUGCAGGAGCUGGCUGAGCUGGAAGCCAAGAAAGCCAAGAUGAAGGGAACCCUAAUUGAUAACCAGUUCAAAUAAGAAAAAACCUCCUCUUGUCACCACUUGGGCAGCUGCCCAUUUAGAGGGGCAGAACAACCACCUACCAGAGACUUCAGUCAACCCUGCUGAAGCAAAGCACAUACAUAGAAGAGCCAUACAUCGAAGUUGACUUGGGGGAUGGUGCUAUCUCAGCUCUUGGCUGUAUUUUCAUUUAAGGUGGUAUACUAUAACAAAGGACUUCAAGGACUUUCUUAAAAUCUCAUUUCUGUGUACGCUCAGGCAUUUUGUCUCUAACACCCUGACAUUUAUGGUAACGUCUGUUUCAGGGGAAAGCCCUCCCUCCAGCUGUAUGUGGGGAUCCAUGCACUUUUAAGUACGCACCAGUCUUUUGAUGUUUCCAGAUGUACAUAUAUUUUAGACACAUAAAUAAAGCAAAAACCUAAUUAUACAGAAAAUAAAACCUUACAAAAGGUAAGUCACGUCCAUCUAAUUAAAAACCAAAACCAAAUCUGUCGAAAUAUAAGCAAGCUAGAAUGGCAAUGAGUUAUAUGGAUUUCUAUAGUAUUGUUACUGACCAGGUAUCUUCACAGAACAGACCUCACCAAGGUGGACAAUAAAACUCCAAAGAUAAGACGUAUGUUUCUGGAAGUCUGGCCAAAUCUUUUUUAGGAUACUGAAAGUGUUUAGAAAUGUUUGCUGCAUAUGUCUGGCAGGAGUUGCAGGGCACACAUGGCUUGUAGUUUCUCAAACUGUGGACCUGUUUUUUAAAUUGGAGAAAGAGUGAUGGUCAAAAAGUUCCUUAAAUGUACCUGUACCAGCACAGCUGUGUUAUAGGCGUAUCAAACAGAAGUCCCACCUUAAACUGCUGAAAACAAAACCCAACAGUAACAAACACCACAGACAGUUUCUUUAAUGAAGUGGUGCUUCCACUAAGUGCUAAAUGAACCAUUUUAAUUCCAAUGAUAGGGUUGAGGUGAUGGUCCAAGAGGUACAUGAAAGUCUCUCAGGCAAAAAGCCUGUGGAAGAGUACUGUGGUACCCAAAAGCAUACCUUUAUCUAUAGCAGCCACACAGUUGAUCCAAUAAAAGAUAGCACUUAUAAGAA